UGUCUUCCGUUAGUCAUUCCGAUCCAAAACGUUAACUGAGCGUUAACACUGCUGAUCUGGACGCUGGUCUUGCCAUGUCACCUGCAAAGGAUGCUUUCCACGCUGGCAGGGACGAAUAUGAAGGGUUAGUAGAUAGUUUGCAACGGUCAUUUUUGUCCCUCCUCUCCCAUUUCAUCUUCAUCUUUCCCCUCAUCUCCAUUUCUCAUUCUGUUCCCAAUUUCAAACCCUAAAACCAUAUUCUCACUCAAUUUCUUUCAUUGUUUUUCGAAUUUCCUUACCCAAAUUGAGAUUGAACAUGAUGGGAGGUGGGGGGAUGCACAAAACGCACAAGAACAACAACAUUAGUAACAAAUCACCAUCUGGUUCAUGGAGUAUGUCAUCUUCCUCAAGAAUAGAUUCAAAUCGAUCCACAAUUCCAGUACCUGAUUGUAACUGUGGCUUGAGGACAACCAUGUUUAAGGCAAACACGACAAAGAAUCCUGGGAGACCAUUCUACACAUGUCCAUUUCACAAGAAUGAUCCCCGAAAUUGUGGGUAUUUUAUUUGGUUUGAUGAAUGGGAAGAAAUCCUUGGGGCAGAAGAAGUUGUAAAUGCAGAGGAGAAAAAUUUAGGUAGAAAUGGUGGAAGAGAGCCUGUAAAUGAAAGACUGCUUGAUGGGAGAGAGGUUGGCAAGGGAAAUGCAAUUGAUGCAAAAUGGAAGACAAGACUCAACUCUAAAUUGGAACUUAUGGCUAUUGAUUUAAGGAUGCUGAAGUACUUGGUCUUUGCAUCUAUUAUCAUGCAAUUCUUCAACAUAAUUCAAAACAAGUGA